UCGGUGGAAAAGUAUGGAAAAAGUUAAAUACUAGCGCCCAGUUGCGAUUCGUCGCAGAUUUAAGAAGUUCCAAUUUUUAUUGUGAAAAAACCAGAAUAAUUAUUAUUUCAUAUAGAAGUAAUCACAUUAUAUUUUAUUAAGAAAAAAUUGCUAAACAUUUGCAUACGCAAGGGAAUAAGUGUCAAUAUUCGUUGACACAGUAACACAUCACAUGUGUAAUAUGUACAUGUCUACUACAGCAUUGUUGUUGAUGUCAGAGGCGCGGAAUCCUAGUGUAAAAAUGUGUAGUAAAACAAAUAAUAAUGAAAAACUAAAAAUCUUAGAAGAGCAACAAAAAGCUAUUGAUCGGGAACCGUUUCGUCACAUGAGAAUUGACGAUGCCAGCUGCCUUGAUACCAUCGAAGGACGAGAGAUUUGCGGAAAAUGUUACAAGUCGCGAAAAUUCUUUUGUUAUUCUUGCUGCAUACCCGUCAUUGAUGAAAAAUAUAUUCCAAGAAUUAAACUACCUAUUAAAAUUGAUAUUAUUAAACAUGCAAGAGAAAUAGACGGUAAAAGUACAGCUAUUCAUGCUGCUAUAAUUGCUCCAGAAGAUGUUAAAAUCUACAUAUAUCCUAAGUUUCCAGAAAUUUUAAAAACUGAUAGAGCAGUUCUUAUCUUUCCUAGUCAAACAGCAAUGAAUGUUGAAGAUUUGUUUGUAAAAACAGCAAACAAAAAUAAUGGUAUUAUAAAUGAAAGAAUCAAUAAUGAAUUCCCAAUCACCAGAGCAGUAUUUAUAGACAGUACCUGGCAUCAAACUAAAUCUAUAUAUAAGGAUGAACGAUUAAGAGAUCUACCUUGUGUAAUUCUUAAGUCUCGAAUAUCACAAUUCUGGAGGCAUCAAAAGAAAAGUCCAAGAUGGUACUUAGCAACAGUUGAAGCUAUUCACCAAUUUCUUUUUGAAUUGCACGCUUGUGCCUUAGGAAAAAUUGAAAACUAUGCAACACUUGAGCAAGGUCUGUUAAAAAAAGAGGUGAAAAGUGUUAUCAAAGAAGCUGAUUUGCUUCAGCAGUACAAUGGACAAUAUGAUAACUUAUUAUAUUUUUUCAAAUAUAUGUAUGACAAGAUACAUCUUAUAUAUGACCAUGAUCAAUUGUGUGCAUACAAAAGACCACUAAUUUAAAUCUUUUAUCCACAAUAAAUUAUUUUCAUAGUUUUAUUAAAACUGUCUAUUAUAAUUUGUUGUAGACAUUUUUUCUAACAGUAAGACUGAUAGUAUAAACAAAAGACAUCAAAAUUAUAACCAAAAUCAUGAUCCUUUGUUUACAUUUUCAUUUUAUUUUCAAUAUUUGAGUUUUUCUUCAUUUCAAUUAAAUGUAGAUUAAGCAUGGAAAAUUUUAAGCAAGGUAAUUAAUCUAGAUUGUAAUACUCACUAUUAUAGCUAAAUAAUAUACUGCUCUAGAUUUUGACUUACCAAACUCUGAGAGUAAUUCUGAAACAGAAUUUUCAAGACAAGUAGAAGAAUGCCAAAGUAAUCUGUAUCGUAUGGAAAAAUUAUUAUUCCAUUUACAAAAUGAUAGUAAAAGGCCACUUAGAAAAUCAC